AGCAAAAUGGCGACAGUCUAACUGCGGGCGAGGGCGAGUGACGAUGUCAAGCGCGGUGACAGACUUGCGGACGCGAGUCGAGGUCGUCCUGAGCACUGCACACCUGUGCUCCACCGACACAGGUGUUUUUGCCGAAGUUGCCUGAAGAGAUCUGCUUCCCAGAACUGCUUGGAAAGUAUUGCUACUAUGUUUGAUCUGAAGCAAAAUGUACAAGAGGACAAAGACGUGGAAUCAGUGUCUGACAGCCCGGGUCGUACUCAGGAGCCAUUACAGAGUCACACAUGCUCUCUGGAAAACAGUGCUGCAGGUCUGUCCUCAGAUGAACACGAAAACCCUUUAAAUGGAACCCAGCCGAAUCCAUUUGUAUACAGCAGUGUCCCUGCUGUUCCCCAUGCAGGCAAUUCAUUGCCUUCAGGAGCACUUGUUAAUGGACCUGGUUCACACCCCACCUCAGAGGUACACUGUGUCCUGAACAAAGGCACUGUUUUAUCCAACAAUGUCCUGGAUGCCGCGUGGCAAGUGGAGAAGGACACGAGCUCCAAGGUGUUACCACCACCUAGUGAGCUUCAAUCAGACGCUUGGAAGAACACAGCGGGGCCUGCUGUAAAAACACUGGCCACACAGCCAUGUGUCAGCACACCACUGUCUCACUCGGAGGAGAAUGAGUCUAAACUGGCGUAUUCCACACUGUCAGGUGACAGUGUCAGCUGGCACAUAAGCCAACCUUGGACAAAACAGACAAUGGAAACAGGAUCUCGAUGCAGUGUUGAAUGGUCAGAAAGCUCCUCUGAUGAUUAUGAUCAUGUUGAAGUAAUUAGAUGGAAUUCAGCAAGAGAGUGCUUCUUGCACAAUGACAAAAGGCUGGAGACCAGAGUGAUGCACCAAAAAUACAGGCAGAACAAUACACAUGUAAAAAGCAUGUCAGACUUUCUAGAAAAGGUUGACAACAACAUCUUCAGUGAUCAACAUCAGUACAUUUUCAACAUCAGUAAUGUUGACAAAUCUUUGUAUAAACAUUCUAGUUUUAAAUAUUCUGUUGUGCCAUUCAGAGAUCUUUCUAGGAACACAGCUCUAGACUCUGAGCACCAAAUUUAUAGUGCAGCACAGGAAGGCUGUAAUGAGGAAAAUGACCCUGAAGAUGUAGACAAUUUUAUUCCAAAAGUGGAACAGCUGAAGAUGGAGCAACAUGAACAAGAUCCAUCUUUCUUUUCAUGCAUAAUAUGCAAUGUUAAUUUAAAGGAAAAGAGAAAUUUCCAUAGACAUAUGAUGUAUCAUUUAGGCAAGCAUAAUCAGGUGAACAGUGAGAAUGUUUCACAGACCUUUAUAUGCAGGGAGUGUGGGCGUUUGUUCUGUGAUAUCAACUCCCUCAUGACGCACAUCAUUAUUCACCAAGACACUCUGGAAAAACUUAUGGAGGAAAUCAAAGGUCUCAAAAACACUGAAUUUCAAGAAAGAGGCAACACAAUACAGUGCCCUCAGUGUGAAUUUGGUUGUAAUUGUCCAAUAAUCUUUGUCCAGCACGCCAAAACACAAGAUAAUGUGAAGCACUACUACUUCUGUGAAGAGUGUAACUACAUUACGCUCACACAGCAGGCACUUGAACUACAUUUACAUGUCGCACACCUCAACACACACCAGCCUCAAUACAGGAAAAUUACUCAUACUAAUGAUGCAGAGGACGCAAACCAUGUUCAGUUUAAAAUGGGUUUUUUCAAUAGCAGAGACAAAGUAGUAUUGGAAAGACAUUCUGAGCUGGAGUAUCAGCGAUCACACUAUGGUAAUUAUAAAAAGCCUAAAACUGAUGGGUGUAAACAAAAUCUGUUGAAGUCUACUUUUGGAGAAACAGCCCAUUUCCCCCACUGUGUCAGUGGAAAAGGGGACAUUUACAUUAAAAAGUCUAAUGAAAAAACCAUAAAUUUUCCUCAGUUCAAAUGCCAUGUUGGCUGCACCAAAAACACAUGGUCACCAUCUUUGUGGACAAUCAACAAGCAUGGAAAUUUACUCCUGCAACCACUAGAAAAAUUAGAUGUGGCAACUGAUCUCACCUGUGUGGAAGAAGAUGCUGAAAAAAAUUACCACAAGUCUUUUGGCAGCUCAAAGCAGGCAAACUGUCCUGCAACUGCUGAUUUUUUACUAUCAGCUAGUAAUCUUAAAUUAGAGCAGUUUUUCUGUCAGGGUAGCAAGAACGACCUGGAAAUCAGAAGUUUACAAGCACAAGCAAACCAAAAUUCUCCAUCAGAGAGAAAAAUGUCAACACCUUUGCAUAACACGAUUGACGACGUGAAUGGUAAUAUAUUGCCAAGGCUUAGCCAGAGGCAUAAGAAACAUUCUGCAGUUACGGAGUUGGAGAAAGGCUGUGAGGGCGGCCAUGACUUCAGUGAUGACACCAGCAAAGUUAAAGGCAGCUUUUUCGAGAGCAGUGAGAAUGAAAGGAACCCAUAUGAUCGUAAGUAUUUCAGAAUGAGGCAGAGGUUUUCAUCCAAAGACCAAAGCCGCCAUAUGCUCAAGAAUGAAGAUGGUGGAGAUGAAGACUACAGUGACAUUGAGCAACUCAUAAUCAAGGAAGAGUAUAUCGAAACUACAGUGUGUGAUAAUUCCCCAGAAUCGCCUUGUACGUCUACAAGUGACAACUUUGACAUUUUGCCCUCUCAAGUGGUAGAACACAAGCCCUGUCCAUACUGCCCUGCCAUGUUUGAGUCUGGUGUGGGUCUGUCUAAUCAUGUGCGAGGGCACCUUCAUCGAGUUGGCUUGAGCUAUAACGUUCGGCACAUGGUUUCACCAGAGCAAGUGGCACUGUGGGACCAUCAGCCACGAACCCGCAGAAGGAUCCCUACUGGCAUGAGGAAAAUGAGAAAAGCUGUCAAGCCAGAAAACCAAGGAGAGCACACAUGUCCCCUGUGCUGGGAUUGGUUUGAUACUAAGACUGGCCUUUCCAACCAUGUGAGGGGACACUUGAAACGAAUAGGCAGAAGUGCUUCCAGCAUCAGUAAGUCCCCGCUAUGCAUCAUAAAUGAACUACUACAGGACAAAAAGGAACAUCAGACCAUACUCCAGGUCCUCAGCAAGGGCCAGUUCCCCUCACGACCUUCAGUCUCUGAGAAGGUCAUCAGCAGCGGUCGCCUGGUACUGAUGCAUACUAUUCCAGUGAAAAUCCAGUAUGAGAUAAAGAGUCCACACCCCAUAGGGGAUAGAUUUGUACCAAAACAGGAGGCACAUACCUUCUCAGAGAGGAAUAAACUACAGGCAGAAGCACAAAGAGGCAUUAAGGCCUCCUCAAGCACUUUAGUUGAACUGCUCAAGACAAGACGAGAAAGUAUGGAGCUUACAGCGAGAAACAACCAGGAAGCCUAUGCAGUGAGGAAGAUAUGUGCUAUGACCAAAGAUUACAAGGAGGAGACUCAGAUGACAAGUGUGGAAUCAAACAGGACUCACGGGGAAUGUGAUUCAAAUAACAUUUGUAUUCAGUGUAACAGCAACUUCCCCACUGCUGUCAGUCUAUCUGGUCAUUUUCAAGACCGUGCAUGCAGGAAGAGGAAUGCUGAUUCUGAAGAACCAGGCUAUGAUUAUAAACAGAAGAAGCCAAGACCAAGGCCUGAGCUAAAAAAGAAGAUUUUACCCGCCUUGAAUGCACAGAUAUACACACUCACCUGCAGAUUCUGUGACCUAGUCUUCCAGGGUCCGCUGUCUAUCCAGGAAGAUUGGAUCAAGCAUUUACAGAGGCACCUUCUGCACACAAAUGUGCCCCACUCAGGAACAGGGAUGUUGGAGAUUUUUGAUCUUCGUCGCAAAAUGCAAAUAACCAUGUCUCAUAAGCACCCAGACAUUGUGUAGAGUUGUAGGAGUCGGGAACUUCCAGACUCUUGCGUCUUGAUUUUGCACACUAUUCAUACAACUCCUUAUUUUAGAUUAAUCAGCAACUGUUUAUAGAGGUAUAUAAUCAUGAAUCCAGAAUGCUUAAAAAUGGUAUAAAUUAAGAAUCCUGUAUAUAUUAGCAGAAACUUUAUCAUAGGAUAUUUUAAUGCUAUACUUUGCCUUAUCCACUUAUCUAAUACAACUAUUAGGACUUAUAUUUACUGACUGCUGUUUAAGUUGGAGAUGAGUGGCAAAAACCACAGUGGCUUUAUAAGCACCAAAAGGAAAACAUAUUUCUAUAGCAUAAGUUGAGCUGGCAGUGCAAAACUGCCUUUG